AUGUCUACAACAAACUAUGCAAGCCCAGCGCGGCUUGCGAAACGAUCCCGGCCAAGUGAAGUAGCACUUGAAAACAUGCAAACCAGAAGAGAGGGUACAAAGAGGCGCCGGACUUCUACUGGCGAUGAUGUUGUUGAAGGGCACCCGUCCCCCAAUUCCUUGGACCUAUCCAAGAAGCCCGCAUGUUAUGACACCACUUCUGAGGCCGCCCUUAGUAUCGACGAUAAGAAUGCGACAAGGCCGUCCGAUUGUUGGGCAUUGACCCGGGGUAUAGCCGGACAGUUUACUCACCUAGAUCCUAUUCUUUCAGCUGAUGAACAAUACCUCUUUCUCGGUCUCGAAACAGCGAUUCAUAUCUAUUCAGUUGCAACUUCCCGUCUCUUCCGCGUUCUAGAGGUAGGCCCCGGCGACCGCAUAAUUGGGUGUUUACUAUCCCCGUUCAGCCCCGAGCAUAUCCAUAUUUUUGUCGCGUCUGGGUCGGUGAGUGAGUGGGAUUGGCUCUCGAACAAACAGCUUGCGCAUUGGAAAACGUCGUCACACAGAACAAUUUCAGCCGACUUGAUUUGCAAUACUUCCGUGUAUAAUACAGAUACGUAUAAUCGAUUGUUUUCUCUGCGAGAGCGCAAGAACGGGAGAAGGGAAUUAACGAUUACUCCGUUGAAUACUGAAACCCCCAAGAGCACAGUGUUGCUCGAAACUGACGCCAACAUCGACAACUUCAAAAUAAUAGGAAGUGGCCAGGCAAUUAUCGCAUAUGGUGGUUCGCGCAUGUUUUUCGGGACUUCGUGCUUUACUCCAGACUCAGAGUUAGCGAAGUACGCGUGGAAGGAGGUCAAGUUGGCCGCCACCAUUACUUGUGUCGAUAUCAAACAGGGGAAGCCACGAGGUUCAGAAAACCAAAAGGUGCCAGAUUUUGCUAUCGCUGUCGGAGGGGCGGACGGCUCUAUACUAAUAUACCACGAUGCCUUGGGCUUCCUCGGUGUCAAGGUUGGGGAGGACAAGAAGCCAGCAGUUCCCAGGCGCCUCCAUUGGCAUCGAAAUCCUGUCAUGGCCGUUCGUUGGUCAACUGAUGGCAAUUAUGUCCUCUCAGGUGGCCAUGAGUCGGUCAUGGUGUUAUGGCAAUUAGAUACGGGUCGAAAGCAAUUUUUGCCACAUCUAUCGUCCCCGAUCGGCAAUAUAGUUGUCUCUGGGAGUGGAAACUCAUAUGUCAUAAAGUUGGCUGAUAACCGUGUUGUGGUAUUAUCAGCUAGAGAGUUGCAACCCUUGGCUACUAUAACUAGCCUACAGUUGUGCGCUAGGUCUUCAAAACACCCUGGACAAAUAGUAGCAAAACCUCCUCAUACAUCCAGGACGUUUGCAGCAAUGCUGCAUCCAAGGCAUCUGGAUCAACUUCUCAUAACUGUCCCAGCCUGUCAUCAACUCACACAUGAAGGCACCGCGUCAACAGGUGCUCCCGUUCUACAGACCUAUGAUAUCCGCUCAGGGAGUCAUAUAUCCCGCCAAGCUCUCGCACGUACGAACGCAACAACAUUAAAUAAUGGUCCCGAUGGGGCUCGGGUCCUUGCACCUAAUAUUGAAUAUCUCAGUGUCUCCCAAGACGGAAAAUGGAUGGCUACCAUUGACAGCUGGAGCCCCUAUCCGGAAGAUGUUGAGGCUCUUAACAUGGACCAUGGCAUUCACUUUGAGCGGGGGGAAAUAUACUUGAAGUUCUGGCGUUGGAACGAAACAUCCUCUCUCUGGCAGCUAGUUACCCGCAUUGAUGAUCCGCAUUUCUCCACAAAUGGCUCUGCAAACGUUUUGGGUAUUGCGUCACGCCCAAAUGGUCAUGAGUUUGCGACAAUUGGGUCUGAUGGAUUACUGCGUUUUUGGCGCCCAGUUAUCAGGCAACGUCAUGGUAUGAAGAGAGAUAGUGAACAGCCACCGGAAACUUGGAAGUGCCGAAAUACGCUCGACUUGAGGGGGUAUCUGAAAACCUACGACGUAAAUUCUACCCACCUUAGCUCUGCUUCGGUGUGCUUUUCUGAAGAUGGGUCAGUACUGGCAGCAUCUUUACAGUCGGGUGCCACAGACCUCGGCCUUACCAUCCUUAUUGACGUGCGAAGCUGCUGUAUCAGAUACAGCAAGGUUGGGGUGUGCUCAGGAGAUAUUUCUGCGGCUGCGUUUCUGGGCUGCUAUUUUCUCAUUGCCACAGACCGGUCGGUGUUUAUGUGGGACACAGUCAACGAUGAUGUGAAAGCAAUAGAACCCCCAGAAGUACAGUCAGACCAUGACGGCGGCCCACGCAUUUUGGCUGUGAACUCUAGAACACAGACAUUCGCCACGACUUCAAAGAAUUUGCGAAAAAAGGCAACUUCGAAAAGGCUUCACAAUUCUCGAUUUACCGUGCAGGUAUACGAUGUAAACUCUGCGACAUUGCUUUCUCGUUUUCAGCUGGCCAAAGAACCGGUGGCUUUAGUCUCGAAUUCGCAUUCAACUGAAUACAUCGUUGUGGAUGCUGGAGCAGACGUACAGCGAAUUGGCUGUGCAGGCAGAGCCUCUCCGCUCGUUCACGCAGACAAUAACUUAGUCCAAUAUUCGGGCCUUGGGCUAGAAAAUAUGUUUAGGCGGCAUCCUACCAGCAUGAUGAACAGAUCUUCCGCAUCAACAAUUACCGCCGAUUUAAAAACAGGACCGUCGGAAAGAAUUGGGCUGGCCGGUGUCUUUGGUGAUACGCCUCCGUUUGUUCUACCUCCUUCUCGCAUCGUCUUUCGUGACCUGGUCAAAGCCCUCUCAGCCUAG